AUGGAUUUCCCGGUUUGAUAUGUCUUGUAGCUGAUGUGCACAGCACGCGACGGUCGGAGAGUAACCAUACAUCCGGCCGCCAAGCGGCAGGUCAUUACCCGAUUGAGGGCCGUAGUGGUGGAACACAAUACGUCCGCGCUUAACGCAAAACCGGACCAGAACAAAGUCUUCGACGCGAUGGAGCGAACAAUCGCUUCAUACCGACGGAUCAGUACAUCAGUUUCGCCGACUGGUGCUUUGUGCAUCGCGCGCGCCUCGAUGUGCUCCCCUUAA